CGUGAUUCGUGCAAACUUGAAGCAAGAUGGCGGUGGUAGUGCGGAGCUUGCAAGACCAGCUCGAAAAAGCGAAACAAAGCCUGAAAAAUGUGGACGAUAAUAUUCGUAAAUUAACGGGCCGUGACCCUAAUGAAUCAAGACCGGGACAAAUCCGUCGGCUGGGCGGUCCCAUGGCAGGCCCGGGUGGAGGUAGAGGCAGAGGGAUGAACCUGCUCAGGCGUAGUCUCUCAGACAUCGGAAGCGCUGGCCCCCCCGCCAAGCAGAGGGACAUCGAAGGAGCCCUACUCAGGUUGGCGGGGGACCAGAGAGCCAGGAGAGACGCGCGCCACGACAGCGACGCCGAGGAUGAUGACGAUGUCAAAAAGCCGGCGUUGCAGUCGUCUGUAGUAGCUACCUCCAAGGAGAGAACACGCCGAGACCUCAUCCAAGAUCAAACCAUCGAUGAGAGGGGCAAGCAGAGGAAUCGGCGUAUGUUCGGCCUGCUCAUGGGGACCCUGCAAAAAUUCAAACAGGAAUCAAACGUCUCAACAGAUAAGCUAAAGCGACGCACAGAGAUCGAGCAGAAGCUUGAGGUUCAGGCGGAGGCUGAGAAAAAGAAGGUGGAGACUGACAAGAGGGAGCUCUUCGAGGAGAGGAGAGCCAAACAGACUGAGCUGAGACUGCUGGAGCAGAAAGUGGAAUUAGCUCAGCUGCAAGAGGAGUGGACCAGCCAUAACAACCAUCUGGUGAAGUACAUCCGCACCAAGACCAAGCCUCACAUCUUCUACGCGCCUGGGAAGAUGUGCUCCGCCACACAGAAACUCCUCGACGAGUCCACCAAGAAACUCCACGCUGUGUUUGAGGAGAGGCGCGAGGCUUUUGCCGAGCACCUCAGUAAGAUGGAGUCCCGCCCCCGGCGACAGCCGAACCGAGACCAGGAGGCCAACGCGACAGGAACGGACCGCCCGGCGGAGGGUAAGCCAGCAGGUCAGGUAGUCAAGGUGACAGCUAACAGGGGGGAUGCAGAGAUGGAGGAAGACGAGGAGGAUGAGGAUGAGGAGAUGGAGGAGAGGCAAAAGGAAGCGGCUAAAAAGAUCAAGACAAAGGUGGUGGAGGAGGAGGGGAGGGGGAAAGAAGUUUUGCUGAAGGUUGGGGAAGAAGUUGAGGGGAUGGAGCUGAGUGAGGAGGUGAGGGAGGUGGAGGAGGACAAGAAAGGAGAGGAGGGAGUUAAAGCUGUAGAGGACAAGGGAGAGAAGGAGGCAAGCCUAGGGUCACAAGAGAUGGAGAUGGGGGGAGAGGGGGAGGGCAGGAAACAGAAAGAGGACAGGGCUAUGGUAGACGAGGGGGGGGCAGAGAGGAAUCACCCAGAGCUCCAGAAUGAAAAGCCCCAGGAGACCCCAUCCUCCGAACCAAGCGCACCCAGCCAGGAAGCAGCAGACAGCGGGCCCCAGCCCCCCCUCAGCCCUCCUGUGGGGGAGCCAGCAGAAAAGCCUUCUGAGAUCCCAGAACCCCAAACAGCCCAUGUGGCUCCCGAACAGGAAGUGAUCACGCCUGGCCCCAUGAUGCAGAGCUCAGCCUCUGAGAGCCAGGCUGUGGAGGGGAGACUGGUGGAGGAGGCUCCCGAAAAACCAGCCAAGUCCCUGGAGGCCCCCGACAACACCCCCACUCCCUCAAAGAAGGAAGAGGAGGGUGGGAGAGGCAGGAAAAAAGCAAAGGAGCCAAAGAAAAGCCGCAAAAGCUCCUCCUCUUCCUCCUCGGGAUCCUCGUCCAGCGGGAGCUCAUCUUCUUCCUCCGGCUCCAGUCACUCCUCGUCCUCCUCCUCGUCUUCUUCGUCCUCCUCGUCCAAAAGCAGCAGCCGGAGCCGCAGCAGAGACGGCAGCAAGCGCAAGAGGAGGCCGUCUGAGAGGGCUAAAGACCGGAAGAAGGGGGAGGAGAGGAGUCACCGCAAGAGAGGGGGGAGUGGUGGAGGAGGGAGAGACUCAAAGGCGUCCAAGGAGAGGAAGAAGAGAAGGAGCGAGGAAGGGAGGGGCAGGUCCUCCCGCAGUGAUAGGGAGCAUAAAGAUAGAGACAGGAAGGACAAGAGGCGCUAAUCUGCUUCUCGUUCAACACCACGGUGCAGAUCAAUUUAACUACUCAACAUUUUUAAAGUAGCAUUUUCUUUUAAAAGGCCACCGAAAGGCAUUUUGAGGUUUUACCAGGAUUUUAUGCAUUUAAAAGUCUCUGUCAAACAAGACAAGUGGAGGUUAACUGGUUAUAAUUUCCCCUUUAUUUGGCAAAAUAAAUGUACCGUUAGUCAGAGAUGCAUCCGUCUCUGAUUGGACGCCUCUCUGAACAGGGUCAGAUCAGCCGGGGUAUCGGAGGCUCUCUGGACAGAUGACGUUGAAUGUUCUCCAUCCCAACGCCAUAGGCUGGGAUUCACUCACAGUAGUUGUGUUUUUAAUGUGACAGCGCUGUCAAUCCACGUUUAUCUCACUGUUGGAUCAAUGUCGAAGCCCAUGUACGUUCCUCCGGCGGUACAUUGUGUGAUUUGUUGUUUUUUGAAAGUAUUUUCCAUUUUUUUUGUAUAAACUGAAAAUCUGCUUAAAAUUAAAGGCGAGGUAUUGGUGGAAA